CCACUUUACUCCUUACCUUACUCCCACCAUCUCCUUCACCCCUCCUACCCCCAACUACUCAUCCAUCGCUAUGGCCUCCCAACGUCCUCAGAACGUCGGUAUUCUCGGUAUCGAGAUGUACCUCCCUAAGCGGUGCAUCUCCGAAACCGACCUCGAGACGUACGAUGGUGUCUCCACGGGCAAGUACACCAUCGGCCUCGGCCAGCAGUACAUGGCCUACAUCGACGACCGGGAGGACAUCAUCUCCUUUGCACUGUCUGCCGUCUCCUCCCUCCUCAAAAAGUACGACGUCGACCCGCUCAACGUCGGCCGCAUCGAGGUCGGUACUGAGACCCUCAUCGACAAGAGCAAGGCUGUCAAGACGCACCUGAUGGACCUCUUCGCCGACGCAGGAAACACAGAUAUCGAGGGUAUCGACAGCAAGAACGCGUGCUACGGCUCCACGGCCGCGCUGUUCAACGCAGUGAACUGGGUCGAAUCUUCCUCCUGGGACGGCAGGCUCGCAAUCGUCUUCUGCGGAGAUAUCGCCGUGUAUGAAGAGGGCGCUGCCCGUGCCGUCGGCGGUGCGGGCGCAUGCGCGAUGCUCAUCGGCCCCAACGCCCCUCUUGUUCUUGAACCGGUACACGGGACACACAUGGCGAACACGUACGACUUCUACAAGCCCGACCUCUCCUCCGAAUACCCGUACGUCGAUGGCAAGCUCUCCAACGUCACCUACACCGGGGCGCUCGACAAGUGCUACGCGACCUACCGGGCCAAGAUGAACAAGCGGUUCCCGGAUGAGAAGGUGAACAUGGACGGGUUCGACUACGCCGUCUUCCACUCGCCGUAUGGCAAGCUUGUGCAGAAGUGCCACGGCCGGUUGUUGUACCAUGACUGGCUGGCAGACCCCUCCCUCCCUCUCUACUCCGGGCUUACGGAGGAGGUUACCGCCCCCUUCAAGAACGCUCCUGUGGAGAAGACGAUCACUGACAAGGCGGUGGAGAAGAUCUUCGUUGGACUGGGGAAGAAGCUGUACCAGGAGCGUGUGCACCCGACGCUCAAGUGCUCCGAGCGCUGCGGGAACAUGUACACUGGCUCCCUGUACGGCUGCCUUGCGUCCCUCGUCGGGAGCAUACCUGGCCAGCAGCUGGAAGGGAAGAGGAUCUCCAUGUUCGCCUAUGGUGCUGGGUGCGCGGCGAGCUUCUUCGGCCUGAGCGUCAAGGGCUCUACACAGAAGAUGUUCGAAGUGCUCGAUCUGGAGGCGAGGCUGGCAGCGAUGGAGGUCCGCCCGUGCCAGGAAUACGUGGAUGCGAUGAACUUGAGGGAAAAGACCCACACGUUGAAGGACUACACUCCUGUCGGGAGCGUGGACGACCUCUUCCCCGGCUCGUACUACCUUGAACGCGUUGAUGACCAGUACAGGCGCACGUACGGUGUUGUGCCCGAGAAGGUAGCGGCAUGAUUGAGCCCUCGACAGAGAGCAGCAUCGUGCUGUGCACUGAGUUGUGUUGUGCUAGUUGGCAGGAAGCAUUUGAUACCCGCAUUCUUCAUUAAUCAGGCUGAACUCCUCGCCCUCGGGACCGACACGUUGGGCAUGACGGGCAGGCCGCACACUUUUAUUGCCGCAAUUUCUCUUCCACGUUUCAUCUUCUUUCGAUUGCUCAAUCUUUGGGUCAUGUGUCUGUUAUUGGGGAGGACUGGGAUGUCCUGUGCUGUAGUGUGGGUAGAAGACCUAAUCAAUAGAGGGUCAAGCGC